AUGAUGACAGCCUGGACAGUCGGAACCGCAGCUUUCAGCGCGGCAGCGAGCGCAUUCAGGUCGGUCUACGACUACUUUUAUCCACCUCAGGAUGAGGGAUGGUUUGGUGGCUGGGACGCCGGCCUGCUGAGCGGCGGUGCUGUGGCGGCUGGUGGCUGCUUCGGCAGCAGUGCCAGCGCAGCACCUUCGUCAAGCAGCUGGUUCGGUGGGGGCAGUGCCGCCGCCAGCAGCGAUGCAAGUGCAUCGUCAGGAGGCUGGUUUGGCUUCGGCAGCGCCGCCCCAGCCGCGGCCGGAGCUGGUGAGGCAGCCGGGGCUGCUGCUGGCGGCUGGUUUGGUGGACUCUUCGGAGGCUCUUCUGGCGAGGACAAGGGCCAGUCCGUUCUAUUUGAGCAAUGCGGGUGUUUAAGUGUGGGUGUUGGCCGCUGGCUACUGCAAGCAUGCCUCGUUGCUGCUCUCGCAUGCGCCGUUUGCGUUGCAGUCCUCAUUCUGCUUCUGAGCGAAUCGUUGGUGCUCUUCAUCGUCACACUUUCAGUCUCCGGGUUCCUUUUCGCAAGCAUGAAGUUUUGCCUUCGUCCGUGGGCGUGGCUAGGAGUGGAUUCUCACUUGCCGAUCCUCUUCGACCUACAGUCCUCGGGCUUGGAGGUUGGCACUUGGGACCAUUGCUUCCUUCGGAGAAAAUCCUGGCCGGCAGCAGCGCUCAGGGACCUGCGCGUCUACAAAGAGACUGUAGACUCGCUGGGUGAAAGCGCAGACUCUGAGCCAGUUCCUAUCUCCAGCAGCCAAAAGGUGUCCGCCGAGCUUCCGCAGUGCUGUGAUGCCACGAAGGCGUGCUUUGGCUCGUGCUGGAGAUCUUGCUGCUCAGGCGGUUCCGGCGGCUUUUUGGUUUCCGGAGUGUUUCUGGGUGCAAAAGUCGAGAGCAAAGUGGUGCGCUUGACAAGAGACGUCUGGACGCUAAAGGAGGUUGAGCAACUCCUGGUUUUGGCACAGCAGGGACGCCAGCUGCUUGGCCUGCCCGAGCAGGCCCCAGUGGAUCUCGAGAACGCAUCAGAACAAGUCCAGGUGGUGGAUGUUGAGUGCAUCCCGGUGACAUGCGUCAUGGGCAAAGAGGAUGGUUUGCCAACUAUCCGUGAGGACACCAUUCUCCGGGAUUCGACCGAGGCCUCGGUGUUGCCGAUGUUCUCGAAGGAAGCGUCGGAAGUGGCAGAUGAGCGGUGCAUGCCUACGGUGCGGUCAGUUGCUCUGGCUCCGCGCCCCAAGACAAAAUCCCAGGCAAAGGUACAAGACCUCCUGGCGGUGUGA